CACCUAACCCCCACACAGCAGCUGCUGGAAUUUCAGUGCGCGUUCACGUCUCAGGUCUGGGGAUGGUGGUGCCGUCUCCGCGCCCCCGCCGCCGGAGUUAAAACUUUUUUGACUCUUAAAAGGAAUCUACAAAAACAGUCAAAAUGUACAAAUGAGCAUCUAUCUGUAACGUAAUCUCAGACAAUCAGCCAAACUUUGAUUGGACUCUUUUCUUCUUGACGAGUUGCUGCAGUCAGAGGCUGUGGGACUUAGGGUUCUCCAUGGAGACAGUGGUGAUCGUGGCCAUAGGGGUGUUGGCCACCAUCUUCCUGGCCUCCUUCGUUGCUCUGGUGGUGGUGUGCAGACAUCGCUACUGCCACCCUCACGACCUGCUGCACCACUUCGACUGCAAGCCCACAGUGGAUCUGAUUGGAGCCAUGGAGACACAGAGUGAGCCCUCGGAGCUGGAGUUAGAUGAUGUGGUCAUCACAAACCCUCACAUCGAAGCCAUCUUGGAGAAUGAGGACUGGAUCGAGGAUGCAUCCGGCUUGGUGUCACACUGUAUCUCUAUUCUAAAGAUCUGCCACACUUUGACUGAAAAGUUGGUGGCCAUGACAAUGGGAUCAGGGGCAAAGGUCAAAGCACCCGCCAGUUUGAGUGACAUCAUUACAGUGGCCAAACGGAUUAGUCCAAGAGUGGACGAUGUGGUCAGAUCUAUGUACCCACCUCUGGAUCCAAUCCUCCUGGAUGCCAGAGCCACUGCUUUACUCCUUUCAGUCAGCCACCUGGUGCUGGUGACCCGCAACGCCUGUCACAUGUCCGGCAGCAUGGACUGGAUUGACCAGUCGCUUCACGCGGCGGAAGACCACAUGGUGGUUUUGCGUGAGGCGGCACUGGCUUCUGAACCAGAGCGAAUCCGACCUGGAGCUGAUGCUCAGAGAGAACAGGCCAUUUGAGACAUAAACCUAAAGCAGCACAAAUCUGCAGUAUUCUGUUUUGAAAAUUCAGUUCAGACUUUCGUUGAAACAUCUAGCCAACAAUAAAAACCAUCCACUUCAA